AUGGCUCGGAUCCAGUGCCGUACUACCAGCCCAAACUCUGAUGAAGUAUGUGGAGUCCCUCGGGUGACGACCCCGUUGGCUCGCGAUCCGUUCCAUUCCCGUCUAGCACGCGUCGUUGGUGGAUUUGAGACACUAGCCGGUGCAUUCCCAUGGACAGCUGCCAUCAGAACCAAGGUGGUCUCAGAAGUGGUGCUCAUCAUUGCGGCGCAAGCAUUCUUGACAGGACCCAUCUCAUCACAGCUGCACACUGCUUUGACACCAAAUGCAUUAGAAGAUCACCGUCCAUCAUCGUAUGUGGUUGUCGUGGGAGACUGGGACAACGGAAUUGACGAAGGCCACGAACAAACGUUCAACGUCUCCGGAUUUCAUUUCUAUCCUCUCUACGAAGCGUAUCCUUCCCGUCUACAAGCUGCUGCUUUACCGAUAAUCGAUAGAAGUGAAUGCAUAAAUUCAUCGCAUAUUUACUCCUCUAUGAGUAGAUCAUCAUUUUGCGCCGGCUACCUUCAGGGUGGUACUGAUUCUUGCCAAGGUGAUUCAGGUGGUCCUUUUGCCUGUCAGAACAAAAUCAAUGGACCAUAUGUGUUGGCUGGAGUGAUUAGUUGGGGAGAUGGAUGCGCUCAGAAGGGACAACCGGGUAUCUACACGAUGGUCACACCAUAUUUAUCAUGGAUAGAAGGCCUUAUUGUGACAGUAUAA